AUGGUUCCUCCGCGAUGUCUCCAGCAAGGAGAAGGUGGAGGAGUUAGCGGACCAAGCAUCCGUCCGAAGAAAGAAAGUAGAACUCACGAAUCAUGA